UUCCAGCUCGAACCCGAUAUAGCCAUGAAUCCGGCCUCUUCGCCAUUGACGGCCGUGAGCCCUCGAAUCCUUGGAUACCCAGGGACAAACGAAAAGGAUUUGGUUUGGUCCUCCAAAUCGGCCACACGAAAAGACCUCCGUGCCCCUCCCAGUCCCCUCCUCCCUGAUGUGGGUGACAAACGGGGCCCACCCGCCGGCUCUUUCUUCCCCACCGAACUAGACCUAGGGCGUUGGCCCCAACUCAGCACGCACGCCGCCGCCACAGCUGCUCCGCCGGAGCCGAGCUUCUCCGGCUUGAUUCGCUUGGGCGCCUGGCGCUGCGCAGGCCUCACGCUACCGGCCGUCAUCUCCCAGUAUCUCUCCUCUCCCACUCCUCAGGAACUACGCCCGAGACGCCAUUGGAGCUCUGGAGCAGCGCCGGCGCCACCCCCCCCCCCCCCAACCCGGCCCUGCCCUCCCCCACGACCGGAGUAACCCUGCUGGCACCGUCCUCCCCCCGACCGGACUGAACCCUCAUGUCCGGCAUUAACACUUAGCUACAGUACGACACUCUUGGCAUUGGCAUUGAGGGGGAUCCCACGAUGAGGAGCUUGUUUCUGGCGUGCUACCACUACCGACGCCUCGCGUCCUUCCCUCGCGCUACCGAAGCCGCCGCACCUGUAAGAGCUUACUGCUGGAAACAAUUUGAGACCAGUGGUUAUGAGCCGUGGAGGAGGUAUAUUUCCACAAGCACCAGUAAGGUUCUACCAUGGGAGGCGUCAUCCUGUGAAACGCUGUUGAGGAAGAUAGACAGUGCUAUGAAGGAUGGCAAUGUCGAAGAGGCGCUGCAAUCAUUCGGAAACUACAAGAAGCUGCACGGUCUUCCUGAACCACAGGUACUGAAUAGCAUGAUUGUGUCGCUGUCCUACAUGUCUAGUCGGAGGUGGCUUCAGAGGGCAUUUGACAUGGUUCUCUCAGUUCAUCAAAUUAACAGCAACCUUCUCAACUGUGGCUCCCUGAUGAAGCUAGCGUUGGCACUUGCAAGAGAUCAGAUGCCUGUUCCAGCCUCCACAGUCCUGAGGAUCAUACUUGAGAGUGGAAAGCUUCCUGAUGUUGAUAUGCUGAGCAUGGUGUUUCUGCAUAUGUUGAAGUCACAAGUUGGAUCCUAUCUUGUCAGUGAUGUUCUGAUUGAGACUUGUGAGAGUUUCUUGGACCAAGUUGCAGAUAGACGGGAAAUGAAAAAACUGGAUCCAAUAAAAAACAGUGCCACCUUGUUCAAUAUGGUUUUGGAGUCAUGUGUGACCUUUAAAUGCAUUAUCAAAGCCCAGAAAAUAAUGGAACUGAUGUCAUUGGUCGGAGUUGUGGCCGAUGUAAAUACAGUGGUGAUCGCUAGCCAUGUCUUUGAGAUGGUUGGGCAACGAGAUGAGUUGAUACAAAUGAAAAGAAGUAUUGAAUCUUUAACAUCUUUGCCAUGUCUUCAGUACUAUCAGCAUUUUUAUGACAGUCUAUUGAGCCUGCAUUUCAAAUAUAAUGACAUGGAUGCUGCUGCAAAAUUUUUAAUCAAUCUGCAUCAGCAACGAAAACCUAGUGUUUUUUGCAAUGGUUUACAGAAACAAAGUGCCAUACAAAUUGGUUCUGGAAAUCUGAAAACUGGAUAUAGGAUAAUGUUUGAUCCUGGAAAAGUUGACAGAGGUUUCAUUUUGGGUACAGAAAGCCAAUUUGGGCUUGUUGUCCUUACUGACGGAAAUCUUCUUCAUACUGAAAAGGCUCUUGCUAAACUUAUUGUAGGCUGUGUGAAAUCAAGGAAUAUGCAUACACUAUCUAACCUUUUUAUUAUGUUACAUAAAGAAGAUAUAGAGGUAAUUUCUCUUCGAGAUGUGGUUAAUGCAUGCAUUCAAAUGGGAUGGUUGCAUGCUGCUCAUGAUAUCCUAGAUGAUUUAGAGUCAGCUGGAAUCCAAGUCGGGAUUGCUAGUUACAUUUCUCUUUUGAGAGCAUAUGAGAAGGAGAAUAAGUCAGAAGAAUUCAGUGGGCUUCUCCAGCAGAUACAAAAGAUUUCAUCUACCAUGGAUGAUAUUCAUACUAAUUCACCAUUUACCAUCAAGAACAUUGCCAAAAUAGUGAAAGAUGAAAUACCUCUCACUCAUUCAUCUCUGUUUGCUGCUUUGGCUGAAGAAAUGAAACAUUACAACCCUGGAGAGCACUUGACAUUAGAGUUCAAUAAUUCGAUUCUUUUCUUCUGCAAGGCAAAAAUGAUGGAAGAUGCGCUCUGCACAUAUAAGCGUAUGAGAGAACAAAAUAUCAGGCCCAAUUCUUAUACAUUUUGCCACAUAUUGUGCGGUUAUUCUUCAAUGGACAUGCAUAGGGAGAUUACCAUGCUCUGGGGAGAAAUAAAGCGCAGACUUGAAUAUGGAGAGCUAGAUGUGGAUAGGGACUUGCUUGAUUGCUUGAUUCUGGAUUUCCUUAAAGGUGGGUAUUUUUCUAGGGUGAUGGAGGUCAUUGGUUACAUGUCAAAACAUAAUAUUUACUGUGACAAGUGGAAAUACAGGCACGUCUUCCUGAAGCUACACAGGAACCUGUAUAGGAAUUUGAACUCAUUGCAUGACAAAACCGAAGCUCAGAACAAAAGGAUUGAAGAUGUCCGAGCUUUCAGGUCAUGGGCAGGUAUUAGAUAAAUAGGGCUAGUGACCAUUUUGGUCCCUCAAGUUAGCAAAGGUUCGCUUUGGCCCAUAAUGUUUAUUUUGAUCCUUUGCAUUUGCAUGUUGGGCAAAGACAUCCAUUUGAUGACUUGUGGCGUCAGGUAAGCAUGCCCUGUCACUACUUGUUCAUCACCUCUCUUUGCUGACUAUGCUCUGACAAAAAGUUCAAAUUACCCCUGCAUCCCAGUUGGUUCUGUCGAACCAUUCAAAUCUGUUGCAGUUGCCAAAUAGACUGGUGCAUGGAGGGGCAGUAUUUGUAGCUAGGCUGGCUUGAGGUUGACUUCAAUCCUACGAGUUGAAUUCUACCAUUUCAAAAUGGUUGCCUUAUAUUUUUGGGGAUGUUGUUUGCUUUGAUACAACAUAUGGAUUCAAUAUCUAUGGACGGCCAUUUGCAUUGUUUGUUGGUGUAGACAACCACAAGCAGUUACUUGUGUUUUGUGCAGCACUACUCUAUGAUGAAAACAUUCAGUCAUUCAAAUGGGUAUUUGAGGUGUUUGCUGA